AUGGUGGCAUACGCAUCACUCAUUAGCACUGUCGUGCUUUUCGCACAUUAUACAUCAGGUCGUCCUACGCCAGAUAGCUCAUCUGGCGAUGAGGUUGCCGUCUCUGCACCUUACGGUGUUAUUAUGUCUGAUACCGCCGAGCUUUCGUCGCAAUUGGCCUCUGAAUCUGCUGCAGCGUCAGGGUCAGGUUCGGCUGAAUGGUGGUCUGCCUCGACCACUUCUCCCUCCCGGGGCUAUGCGGCGACUUCGUCGCCGUAUGCGUCUCCAGCCUACUCCGAUUCAUGGAAGUCUUCUGCUGUGGCUUCGGCAGACAAGUCUAUGAUGACCGAGGUACCAUCCUUGUCCUCGAGUUCGGGCCAUGCGAUUUCCUCCGCUGUAUCUUCGCACUAUGAUAAAUCGACGGCUGCAGCCACAGCUUCGUACGUAUCCUCACCUGCUGCGCUCUCUUCGAGCGUGUGGUCGUCCUCUUCACUGGCAUCUGCGUGGUACUCUUCCGCGACUCCGUCUUACGGAUCCGGAAGCAGCAAUUGGGGCGGGAGUAGCUAUGAUAAUUGCGUACAACAAUGUGUUGCGUCGUUUGGAUCUCCGAGUUCGAUGACGACAGCGACCCCACCGCCUGCCGCUGCCUCUGCUUCUAGCACCGUGGCGAGCGGUUCCACCAUCACCGUUAUUGUCGCGCCUACCCAGGGUAUCUUGCGCUAUGUGCCGUUCGUCGUUAACGCGUCCGUCGGCGACACAGUAGAAUACGUUUGGGGCGCGAAUAAUCACACUGUGACCAAAUCAUCAGAGCUUGCAAUCUGCAACAAGACCGCGGAUGCUCCGUUCGCAUCGGGCGAGCAAAAUACAGGCUUCACGUUCACGCAGGUUGUCAACGAUACUCAGUCAGUUUUCUUCUACUGCGGUACUCCGGGACACUGCGAGAAGGGGAUGUUCGGUAUCAUUAACCCGCCUAGCAUUGACAACGCGAACACCUCUGUUUCGACGAUGAUGUCAGCAAUGGCCGCGAACGACUCCAGCAUGGCUGCGAUGAGUUCGUAUGCUUCGCAACAGACGUCCGGGAAUGCCGGAGCUGCUGGGUGGGGUAGCAAUAUCGACAUGUCCUCUGUCCCCGAGUGGGCAUAUAGUUCAGUGAUGGAGAAUGUCAUGUACACACGGAUGGUCCUGGCUGCUAAUCCGAGUGUGAUGCAGCCGGAUGGCUCCAUCGACUUGAGCGCGGGCGGCUCGCUCUCCUGGCCAGCGGAUAUCACCAGUGCGGUUGCUAGUAACACAACUUCGUCUGCAAGCGCAUCUGUGCCGUCCUCUACUAGAUCCGCUACUCCUGCGUCUUCGAACGUCACUAACGGUGCUACCUCCACUGCGAUGUCUCGCGGUGUAUUAGCCGUCACAGCAAUCGUUGCUGCUUUCCUCGUGCUUUAG